CUUAAACUUGAAACGAACAUUAUAUAACGCGGACGAAAAUUGAAACUUACUUCAACUCGAUUUAUAGAAAACGAACGAACGAAUAUCCAACGUUUUGAUGCGAGCGUUUCGUGAAUCGAGAAUUGUUCGAGCACAUGUGCGGGCUACAUUUUAAAACGCGAAAUAGUCCGUCUCAAAAGACGUCCCUACGCUGGGGCGAUAGCUGCUGUCUACUAUAAAAGAAAAUUUCGUGUGCGCGGCUUUUACUUACAAAAAUAACUAAUCCAAAAAAUUCAUAACUCCAGCGACAAAGCAGUAGUUAUAUAAGUGGCUGAAACGUCUCACGUCCAGUCUUAACUCCAGUAAAAUCGUCAAAUUUUAAAAAUCAAAGUAGCAGACAUCGAACAAAUUUGAAGCGUUUAAGCUCGAAAGCUUCCUUUUCAGCCAUGUCAAACGCAAUGGCAGCUAAAUAAAACAAAAGCGGACUUGAGCUCGGACAAGGUCAAUUCGCAGUCAUACAAGAGAUCAAUACUCCAACUAAAUUAAAACAUUCCGAUUGAUAUAAUAAUUUUGUGAUUGUACACGUUUCAAGGAACCGCAACCUACUGCAAAAAUGAUUAACAUCGCUGGUGUUGUGAGCAUUGUGCUCUUCUAUCUGCUAAUCCUAAUCGUUGGCAUAUGGGCGGGACGUAAGAAGGCGGCCGGCAAUGAUUCCGAAGAGGAGGUGAUGCUAGCAGGACGUUCCAUUGGCCUUUUUGUUGGCAUAUUCACAAUGACCGCAACUUGGGUUGGUGGUG